AAAACCUCAUCCUCUAAUCUCAUGGAUUCCCACGUUUUCAAAUCUUUCUUGCUCCUCUCUUCUUUGCUCAUCGUCUUCUCCAAAGCUCAUACCCUCAACUCAUCACCCUCUCCAAAUUCAUCCAAUAAUUCUCUGGUCAACACUACUCGUACUACCCACCUCUCUGCAGCUGCAAUGGCGGCCUGCAAAUCCACACCUUUCCCCAACUCCUGUUUCCACUCCGCCAAGCUCUCCAUCUCCAUUAACAUAUCACCAAACGUCCUCUCCAUCAUUCUCCAGUCCCUCAAUUCCGCCCUGUCCGAAGGCUCCACGCUCUUAAACCUCCUCGCCAACGCCGGCGGCGCCAAUCUCGUCGAGAAGCAGAGGGGCACCAUUCAGGACUGCCGGGACCUGCACCAGAUCACUCUCUCUUCCUUAAAGAAGUCUCUCUCCUGGAUCAAAGCUCCCGGAUCCUCCAAACUGGCCGACGCCAGAACCUCCCUCAGCGCUUCUCUCACCAACAAAGUCACGUGCCUGGAGGGCCUGAGCUCAGCCUCGGGCCCGAUGAAAUCUUCCCUCGUGAAUUCCCUGACCUCCACUUACUCACACGUCAGCAAUUCCCUGUCGUUGCUGUCCCGCCGUAAUCCUCCGACGGACCACCGCCGUCGCAACAGGCGGCUCCUAGGCUUCCCCUCGUGGCUGCCCAGAAAAGCCCGACGAGUUUUGCUGGGCUCCGACUACAAAUACGAUACCAGUGAAGUGGAUAUCAUAGUGUCCGCCGACGGUACCGGAAACUUCACCACCAUCUCCGACGCGAUCAAUUUCGCACCCAACAACAGCGACGACAGAACGUUUAUUUACAUCAGAGAAGGGUUUUAUAACGAAAACGUGGAGAUCCCCAGCUGGAAGCCCAACAUUGUCCUCCUCGGCGACGGAAGUGAUCUCACCGUAAUCUCCGGCAGCCGCAGCGCCGGCGACGGGUGGACUACUUUCAGAUCUGCCACAGUAGCUGUAUCUGGGCAGGGAUUCCUGGCGCGGGACAUAGCAUUCAUGAACACCGCCGGAGCCGAGAAGCGCCAGGCCGUAGCCCUUCGGAUAAACGCAGACUACGCCGCCGUGUACAAAUGCGCCAUCACCGGUUUCCAGGACACAUUAUACGUCCAUUCCUUCCGACAAUUCUACCGAGAAUGCGACAUUUACGGAACCAUAGACUACAUCUUCGGCAACGCGGCGGUUGUCUUCCAGGCCUGCAACAUCGUAUCAAGAAUGCCGAUGCCGGGGCAGUUCACGGUGAUCACCGCCCAGUCCCGCGAAAGCUCCGACGAGAACACCGGAAUUUCUUUCCAGAAUUGCACUGUCCUGGCAACAGAUGAAUUGUACUCCAAUUCCAGCACAGUGAAGAGCUACUUAGGCAGGCCCUGGAGAAACUAUUCCACCACAGUUUACAUGAAAUCGUACAUUGAUGGUUUCAUAUCCCCUGAAGGUUGGAUUAAUUGGGAUGGAGAUCAGGGCCUCGAUACUCUAUAUUAUGGGGAGUACGAAAAUUACGGGCCCGGAGCCACCACGGAUAAUCGGGUUUCUUGGCCCGGAUAUCAUCUAAUGGAUUACGAGGAUGCUUCAAACUUCACAGUGUCUCAGCUCAUCACUGGACAGGAAUGGCUGGAUUCGACUUCCUUUCCCUUUGAUGAUGGAGUUUAAUUUAAUUGUAGUUUUUCCACCAGAUUUAGAGUAAGGAGGAGAGCGAAAUUCGCCAAAAAUAUGCUUGGAUUGUAGCACGAUUAUCAUCGGUUAUUGUUUUGUUAUUACAAGGGAGCCCUGAAA